AUGAACAACUCUACUAACUCUGACCAUCUUCAUGCCAUUUCCCCGUUUAAGAAAGGAAUGGAGUCCGAACAAGAUCUGGGAAUGUAUCGAAAAAAUGGCGAAGAAGAACGAGAGGUCGCAGGAAGUUUACGAUACAUGCCUUCUACCGUACAGGAAGAACAAUCAAGUUCUUUUCCCUAUCGAUAUCCAUGGACAACCGAAACCAAUAGUAAUAAAAGUAGAUGGGACCGGAAUUACCAUAAUCACCCCAUGGGACGCCAUUUGCUACCUGUACACGAUAAAUCUCUGGCCCAGAAAGAGGAAUCCCAAAAAAAAGAAGACGAAGUUUACAUAUAUGAAUCAGGUGUCCUUUCUAUUUCGUCAUCUCGACCAAAUAUCUCAUUGGAUGACCACACUGGAACCCUCCCGCAGAUUCCGAAGGUGCCCAACGAUGAUAAAUGUAUCUUGGAAAUCGAUCAAACAAAAGAUCAUCAACAUUAUGUUCGGAGUAUCACUCACGGCUCCCGAGGAAUGGGACAGAAAAAAUUUGAUCAAGAUCCGAAAGAUGAACGAUCUAUAUCUCUUUCCGCGAGAUCAGAGAGGGAGAAUAAUUCCAAGGUUGGAAGAUUGGGAGUUCGGGAACUGCUCGGAGACCAAUCCAUGGACUGUUCUACUACGGUGGAGGCCAGAACUACCAAUCAAAUCCCGAACAAUAUCAGUACGGACAAGAGAAUUUAUACCACCGUGCAAGAACUGCCAGAUGUCUCAGAGAUGAUAGAACAAUUGAAGGAUGAUCCUCGCGGGUACCAUGAAAAUACAGACAAGGGGUUAUUGCACCCGGAAGAUAGGGAGUACUUUCGUGAAACUUUCGGUAUCACCGGUGUUCGCCCGGUGUUUGUAGACCAUUCUGGGAUGGUUGUUUUGAUGUUAGAUGAUCGUGGCAUUAUGUUCAAGUGGAACGAAAUGGAACAAAGCAUGAAAUAUAUGGGACGAAAUCUGAAGGAAGGUCUUGCGAACCACCUCUACUUUCCAGAGAAUAUAUGUGCCAUCAUAGAGAGCACUGGCGAGCUGAUACCCGUAGAUGAAGUUGAAGCUCGUGUAGAGUUACAAGAUUUAGCUGAGCCAAUAAUAGUGAUAGACAAAAAAAAGAAAAAAAGUAAGAAGAAUAAAUAG